UCAGUCGCAUCAAACGGUUUGGCGUACGCAGACACGAAGUCGUAAUAGUCGGUGUCUGACAAAUGCAGUACGAAUUCUGCGUAUUUGUUUCGUUACGAUUUCUAAUUGUUACAAAUCGGCAAUUCAACAGAAAUUUCAGGUGCUAAAUCGCACUCGAUUAUUGCAGACACUUCGCAGCCCGACGACGCUGCCACCCCCACUAGCGGAUCGACUUUCAUACGCAUCUUAGUGAAAUGGAGAAUGUUGUCUGCUAUGCUUUGGCCACGUGGCUGCUGUUGUUGUGGAUUUACUUUUUGUGGUCACGUGGACGCUUUUAUCGUGUGGCCUGGCAGUUGCCUGGUCCUGUGGGUUUGCCAUUCAUUGGUUUGGGAUUGCAAAUGAUGCAUCCAGAGACUUUCUUGCAGUAUAUGGAAUACGCAUCGAAACGAUAUACGACACCAUUUAUUUCAUGGAUGGGCACAAGUUGUUUUCUUUACGUUAAUGACCCGGAAACAGUGGAAACGAUUUUCAAUUCACCGCACUGCACGAACAAAGGCGAACUCUAUCGUUUUCUGGCUGCAGCAAUUGGCGACGGCCUCUUCACGUCCAGCUCGCAACGCUGGAGCAAGCAUCGCCGCCUCAUCAAUCCGGCUUUUAGCCGCCAAAUUAUCAACAACUUCCUGCCCAUUUUCAAUGCGGAAGCCGAUGUGAUGCUGAGCAAAUUCACCGCCUUGGCCACGACCGGAACACAGUUGGAAAUCUACGAGAUGUUGAAACGUAAUGUUUUGGAGGCAGCUUGUCAGACGACAAUGGGUAAACGCAUGAAUUUCGAAAACGAAGGUUCGGCGCACAUCUUCGAGGCCUACAAUGGCAUAACCGAGGUUUGUGUGCGCCGCAUGCUGUCGCCCUGGCUUUAUCCGGAUGUGCUCUAUCGCCGCUCGUCGCAGUUCGUGCGCCAACAGCAGGUCGUUCAAGCGCUCUUCAGCUUCAUUGAUAGUCUCCUGCAGCGCAAAAAUAAUAAAUCAGUUGCAAAUGGCAUAGGGCAACAACAAGCGCAACAACACGCAUCAAUGAGUAUAAAGAAAAGUGAAAAUUGCUCAGAGUCUGCUAAUGAGAAUGAGUGUAUAAGUGGGAGAAAGCGUAUAAGUGACAAAGUGUGUAUGGAUGCGGUAACGGAUGUGAAUGCGGGUGCUUCAGCGGCCAUACGGAAGUCGAAAGCCAUAUUUGUGGAGCAAGUUCGUAUGCAUGUGGAGCAAGGUCAACUGUCAUGGGAGGAUGUACGCGCCGAGGCAAAUGUCAUCAUAGCGGCGACCUUCGAAACGACCUCGACAGCGUUAUAUAUCGUUUGCUUGUGUCUCGCCAUGCAUCCUGAAUACCAAGAAAGACUAUACGACGAACUCAAAACAAUAUUCCCAGAAAACGCAUCACCAGACGUAGACUAUGAGCACCUGGAGCGUAUGCCUUACACCGAGAUGAUUAUCAACGAAGCGCUGCGACUAUACUCACCCGUACCGAUGGUACUACGUAGCGCAGCCGAUGACUUUCGUCUACGCAAUGGCGUACUUAUACCGCGUGGCACACAAAUCGGCAUCGACAUCUACAACAUGCAACGCGUUGAACGUAUUUGGGGACCACAUGCGAAACACUUCAAACCGGAAGCACACUUCGGACCGAAUGCGACAAAACGACAUGCAUUCGCUUUUAUACCCUUCACAAAAGGUUUACGCAUGUGUAUUGGUAAUCGUUAUGCGCUAAUGCUGAUGAAGGUGUUCGUGGCGAAAAUAUUCCGACAAUAUCGUUUAAAGACCGAGGCAACACUCGAUCAGCUGAUCGUUAAGGGUACCAUAUCGUUGAAAUUGGCCGAAUAUCCGUUGUGUCAGCUGGAAGCGCGCAGCAGUUGAAGGAUUGGGAGACGGAUUCAAUAAAUAAAAAUGAGAAAAAGAGAGGCGAGGAGCGGAAAGCUUGGCGCUCUGAAUUUUUUAAUUGAAAACAAAAAUUGGACUUUUCUGCUUUAGUUUGAGUUUGUUUGCGCCUAAUGCACCACAAUUGAGGCCCGUGAGUAAGUAUUAGUGUGUGUGCACAGUUUUCCAAUGUGAAUUGCUGUUGUAGAUUAACUAUUUGUAAUUGAUAAUUUUUACUUGUAAGUUCAAUUAUUUUUUAAUUAAAUUUUGUUCGAUAUUUUUACUGCUAAUAAUGCCUAUUUCGGUAAGUUUCACUACGUUCAUUGAAUGAAUUUUAUUUAAUUCUCAAUUUAAUUUAAAUUUUUCUUCACUAACACCACUAUUUUUUAUUAAUGUUUUUUUUUUAAUAAAAUUGAAUGAAAAUCAAUUUUUGCUGGACCAAAGUUCCUUUUUUAAAAAAGUCCAUUUUCCUACAGUUUGGUUAAGUGUUUGGUAAAUUUGGGUAUGUUUACGGUAGUUUGCGCUUAAGUAUUUUUAUUUAUUAAAGUAAAAAAGUUUUCCAGCCUUUCCUGCAGCUUAUUUAUGUCUAUAUGCUCACAACUGUACAUAAUUUAUUUUCUAUAAAAAAUUUUUUCUUUAAAAAUACUGUGUACUUAAUAACUUACGAAUUUAAGUGCUUUAACAAAAUCUGUGGAUGUAAUGUUUUAGAAGAAAAGUUGAGAAGAAUUACAAAACAGAACAACAGAAAACACAACCCUAGAACCAACAAAUCCACAGCUCGAUAAUGAAGCUUUUGUUGGCGUUUUUAUCAUAAAGCUCUUAAUGCAACAAAAGCUCUCAUUAUUUAUAUCGGCGUAACCCUUCAGCUACCUAAAACCACGAAGUGAUGUGUACGGCGCUAGAAGAUGCCUUGAAAAACUAUUUCCAUACAAGUGACUUAAAGAUCGACGCACUCAAAAAUCCACUCAUUUAUGUGCCAAGCGCUGAUUCCAAGUAUAACGGGGAUUCAGUGAAGACUGUAACAUGCCUGUAAACAUAAAAGCUUGCGUGGUGAAAGACACUUGAAUGGAGUCACGAAUCCGGUAGAAAUUGCUUCCGGACAAAAAUUAUGAAUUAAAUCAGAAAUUUAUUCUCUUUCAAAUAAUGAAGCCGUACAUAUAUCCUUAAACGUUCAAAGCGUCUAUUGAAAAUGCACAAUUUUCGAACAAUGUUGAGAUUUUCCUACCGCCAACAAGAUCGUAGAUAGAUAGAUAGAUAGUAAAAAUUSAGGGUUUCCAAUAUCAUAUGAUAUCACAUAUGACCUUGGUCCAGCAUCCUGAACUUAUUCCAAGAGCCUGAGGGCGCAACGAAGAUGAUUUAAUCCCUGUCCGCGCAGAUGGAACCUGAGGUCAAUGCUGUUCUCUCCGCACUCUCGCCUCCGCGCAUCCGAGCUUCUCCUUAAAAGUGUGGAACCCCACUGCAAUGCAUGUUGAAUUAAAACAUGUUAAAUUAACUAGUUCGUCGUACAAUAUCAUACCGGGUAAGCUUUUUGGUGUAUUAAAACAUAUCAAUAAAAUGUUUAUACAUACUACAGAUUAACUCCAUAUUAAGUUUUCCCAGCACUUUGUGCAUCUAUCAGUAUCUUCAGCUGAAUAACUGCUGAGAGCCAAAGAAAUCGAAGACUUGCAGUUUACUGGUGGACUGAAAAUAACGCCCAACUCAGACGUACGAGCCCCCGUCUACGCAGAUCCUACAUGAGAUCCAGGCGCAGAGGAGUCGCAUCCCGAGAAGCCGAGCAAUCCAAAGCAGCAUAGCAAAUAGA